AUGAUGGCAAUAGCCGCAGAGAGGCAGGAUCCAAUUGUCGGCAUAGAUCUCGGAACAACCUAUUCCUGCGUCGGCGUUUGGCAAAACGAUCGCGUAGAGAUCAUAACCAACGAUCAAGGCAACAGAACUACACCUUCCUAUGUUGCUUUCACUAAUACAGGGCGUUUGAUCGGUGAUGCCGCUAUGAACCAAGUCAACCUCAACCCAAUGAACACAGUUUUUGGUGUAAAGAGAUUGAUCGGAAGGAAGUUUAGUGAUGCAUGUGUUAAGAGCGAUAUGAAAUUAUGGCCUUUUAGGGUUCGUGAUGUGGGUGACAAGCCCAUGAUUGUUAUCGACUACAAUAAUAAAAAGAUGUUAUUUGCUGCUGAGGAAAUAUCUGCAAUGGUUCUUAGUAAGAUGCGUGAAAUAGCAGAGACCUACCUUGGAACGAUAGUAAAGAAUGUUGUUAUAACUGUUCCGGCAUACUUCAGUAACGUGCAACGACAGGCGACACAAAAUGCUGGUGUGAUUGCAGAUAUGAAUGUUAUGCGUAUUAUUAAUGAGCCAACAGCAGCAGCUAUUGCAUAUGGCCUUGACAAAAAGGCGACCACUGUUGGUGGUAUACAUGUUCUCGUUUUCGAUCUUGGAGGUGGUACAUUCGAUGUUUCCCUUCUCAAAAUUGAAGAUGAUAUUUUUGAGGUGAAAGCUACUACGGGAGAUACACAUCUUGGGGGUGAAGAUUUUGAUGAUAGGAUGGUGAACCAUUUUGUGAAAGAGUUCAAGAAGAAGCAUAUGAAGGACAUAAGUGAUGACCCAAAAGCAUUGAGAAAAUUGAGAACAUCUUGUGAGAGAGCAAAAAGGACUCUUUCUUUAACCGCCGAAACCACCAUCGAGAUUGAUUCUUUAUUUGAGGGUAUUGACUUCCGCUCCAAAAUAACAAGAGCAAAAUUUGAAGAGCUCAACAUGGAACUCUUUAGAAGAUGCAUUGAGAUUGUGGAGAAUUGUGUAAAUGAUGCUAAAAUAGAUAGGAAACUUGUUGACGAUGUUGUUCUUGUUGGUGGAUCUACAAGAAUUCCCAAGGUACAAGAAUUAUUACAGGAUUUUUUCAAUGGUAAGGAGCUUUGCAAGAGUAUCAAUCCUGACGAAGCAGUUGCAUAUGGUGCUGUCGUACAAGCCGCAAUUUUGCGCGGUGGCAUUGAGAAGGUACAAGAAUUACUCUUGUUGGAUGUAACUCCACAUUCGCUUGGUGUAGAGUGCCACACUGGAGAAUUUAAAGUUUAUAUCCCAAGAAACACUACCAUUCCCGCCAAGAAAACUCAGUUUGCAACUACUGUCGUAGAUGACCAAAUUGGUUUAAUAGUUGAUGUGUAUGAAGGGGAAGCACCAAUAGCAAGACACAACAAAUUGUUGGGUCAAUUUGUGCUUGAUGGACUAUCCUUGGGUCCAAAAGGGAAACCUCUAAUCACCGUUUGUUUCGAAAUCGACGCAAAUGGAAUUUUGAUUGUAUCAGCUGAGGAAUGGCUAAAUGGAGUUAAGAACAAGAUUAUAAUUUCCGAUUAUAAAUGCAGCUUAUCUAAAGUCAAACUUGAGAAGAUGAUCAAGAACGCAGAGAAGUACAGGUUAGAAGCUAAGGAAUAUAACAAGGAAUAG